CCGGUUUAUGUGGCGGUCCGGUCACACACACACACAGACACACACACCACACACACACCACACACACACCACACACACACAUACACACUCACACCGGCUUGAGCGACCCAAACACUCAAACAGCAGCAACAUGCAAAGCGAACCGACGGAACCGGAACCGCGCCGAGAUGAAGAGCUCCGGAGUUUACAGGAUGAGAAUGAAGCUCUUAGAACUGAGAUUCAGGAGAUGCGGGUGGAGAUGGAGGAGAUGCACGAUGCAUUUUAUGAGGAAGACACCUGCCAGAUGCAUGAGCUGCGGAGAGAGCUGGAGCGAGCCAAUAAAAACUGCAGGAUCCUUCAAUACCGCGUGCGCAAAGCAGAGCGCAAACACCUGCGCUUCACAUCGGGCAGAGAGAUCGACGAGGAACUGCUGAGGAACCUGGAGCAAGACCUGAAGGUGGCAAAGGACGUGUCAGUGAGACUCCACAAUGAGCUGAAGAACGUGGAGGAGAAACGCACAAAGACAGAAGAAGAGAACGAGAGACUGAGAGAGAAACUCAUUCAGCUGGAAGUCAACAAGGAGACACUGCAGAAUGAGCUGGAGCGAGCCAGAGAGAAGAGGAGAAGCAAUAAAGAUGCUCAGAGGAGUGAGAGGAAGAACACUCAGACCCUCAGCGAGGAGGACAGCGAGGAUCUGAAGUGUCAGCUGUCCUUCAUUAAUGAGGAAAUGACGCUCAUGAGGAAGAAGAUGGCGAAGCUGGACAAGGAGAAGGAUGAUGCAGAGCAGGAGCUGCAGAAGUAUCGAUCCUUUUACGGUGACUUCGACAGCCUCCAGUUUAAAGGUGAAGCAGUGGGACCGCCCACCGCUCGUCAGUCAGAGCUGAGGCUCCGCCUCCGACUGGUGGAGGAGGAAGCCAACAUCCUGGGGCGCAAGAUUGUCGAGCUGGAGCUGGAGAACCGAGCUCUGAGGGCGGAGCUGGACAACAUGAGAGGAGGAGAAGAAGUGUGUCCAGGAGCGACAGAGGGUGUGGUUGAUGUAAAUCAAGGUGAGCUUUCUGAACUGAGGCAGCAGCUACAGCUAGUGGAAGACGAGGCAGAAUUAUUGAGGCGGUAUUUGGCAGAUGCGGAGGAGCAGAACAGGAAAGUGAAGAGCGAGCUGAAGAAGCUGCGGUUUAAAGAGGCGUCGAGACAUGCAGCAGAGGGCGGAGCUCUAUCAUCAGAGGGCGGGGCUACAGCUAUGGAGAUGCUGAAGGAAGAGCUGAAAGCAGCUCGAAUGCAGGUGAAUGACCUGAGUGGGAAGGUGAUGCAGCUGCAGUAUGAGAAGAGAGUAAUGCUGAAUAAACAGAGUGAUGACAGAAGAAGAGAAGAAAGAGGAGGACAAAGACAAACCGGAGGGGGAGAAAUAGGAGCAACAGGAGCAAAAGAAGAAGGAGGAGGAAAAGAAAGCAGAGGAACAACUGAAGAAGACGAAGAAGCAACAGGAGCAGAAAAAAAAGGAGGAGAAGGAAAUUUGCAAGAAGGUACUACAGCAGAUGAAGGAGAACGAGGAGGAGGAGGAGGUGAGGAAGAGAAAGGAGAAAGAGGAGCAGAUGGACAAGGAAGAGGAGAAACUGCAGAUCAUGGUGGAAGAGAAAGAGAAAGAAGUGGAGGAGAAGAAAGAGGAGGUAGAGAAGGAGAAAGCGAUGACUCCUCGUCCUCAUUACUUCUCCCUCUUCAUCAGAAGCGUGAAGGCCCCAUCGGAGGUGAAAGCGACUCGGAGGACAUGCUGCACUCGUCUGUCUCUCCUCAUCCCCUCAUCCGUCGCUCCACUCCUCCACUCCUCCCUCGCUCACCCCGCGAGCGCCAGCGCAUGACGGAGAUCCGAGCCGAGGCAGAGCGUCUGACGCACACCAUCGAGCUCCUCAUCGCUCACACGCAGGAGUUUGUGGCUGACAGCGAGCAGGCUGGAGGAGAGGAUGGUGAUGAUGAAGAUGUGAGGACACGUGAACGACAGCUGCUCCAUCGCAUUGGCACGCAGAUGAACGAGUUCAGAACUGAGCUGCAGUGCUUCAUGGGAAUUAUAGAGAAAAUGGAUGGGUCUAAGCGGGACGAACCACAUGCGGAGGAGCGGCUGUCUAUGUUCCAGCCACUCAUCUUACUCAUCCUCAUCCUCCUGCUCUUCUCUUCGCUUUCCUAUGCCACCAUGUUCAGACUCGUUUUUCUUUUCACCCUCUUUUUCGUGCUGUGAUCUCUCCGUCUCAUCCUUUCGUUAGCAGACCUUUUGUCCUUUCGUUUUGUUCGUAUGUAGAUGUUGUGCUCGUUUUCCGUUCAUGCAGAAUUACAGGAGGCACGCUUCUCAUGAAAGCCAGGGUCGUGACCCCCAGGAUGGACACAGGACUGCGUUUCCCUGAGCGCGGAGCUGACCAGAGACACUGGAACGUCAUUACACUGAUGUCGUGCCUUCCGAUUCAGACAGAAACCAAAAUCUAAACUUAACCUGAUGGAGUGCCAAAGGAGACUACAUUACCCAGAAUGCACUGCUGACUACCAUUUUGUCUUUAUAUUCAUCCCAACAACAACAACAACAACAACAACAACAACAACAACAACAACAUGCUCCUUGAAGCACACAUACAAACAAAAAGUGCUGCAAGAUUUAGGAUGUAAUUUCAGAGGUGAGUGAAAACAUGACAGAAAAACUUCAUCUGAUCUGAUUCAGUUUCAGAAGUAUGUGUGUGUGUGUGUGUGUGUGUGUGUGUGUGUGUGUGUGUGAUGUGAGGUGUGUGUGUGUGUGUGUGAUGUGAGGU